UUGAAUAGCAGUACGGGUGUCAAAUGCGUUUCUCAACUGACCACUUGGGCCUACUGUGCAGCAGAUGCGAACGACAAUAUCAAAUGCUGUCAAAAGAAAGGAGUUUCCGCAGAUUGUCUGAGUUUUUGCAAGGGUGAUGUACCCACUUGUGACCUUCAAAGUAUAUUCUCAUAUCAACCGUGUUUGAACGAUAUCCAAACAAUUAUUCAAUGUCAUGUCGACAAUCUGAGUGCAAUUCCAAGGUACGAUCCUGAAUGGAGUGCACGUUGUGAAUGGGAUGGAAGCGACUGA